UACAAUGCUGUGAUUUUGCGACAGUACGCCCCUCGUAUAUCCUUCGAGUAAAUUUGUUUCUCCCUUCCAACCAGCUAUAGCCAGUUUCUCUUUGAUUGCUCAGCUCACAGGACCUAUUUGAUCCAUGUCAUGCAGCAAGAGCAUUGCAAAUUUCAGGAUAAAGUAUAGUGCCAGAGAAAGACAACACAGAAACAUAAUUUUCCAGGGUCACCAAUUUUUGUGCUGACAAAAAUACUAAAAGUGAAUCAGAUUUUUAUUUUGAGUUAGCGAAAAAUAAUACAAAAGCAAAGUAUAAAGGUGUGCAAUAGUGUUUCAAGUGUUAAAAGGAUAAUGGAGCAUAUUAGAAAAGUGUAAACACCAUUCAAUUCCCGUGCAAAACCAUGAGCCACCGUCUAAUGUUUUCUAAAGUAUUAUAAUAUCGCGGUCUAUAUUCAGAUGAUUAACCUGACGAAAAUGUCUCAACAUCACAGAAGCGGUGAUUUAAAUCAGAUUUAAUCGGGUUUAUGAAAGAUGCUAAAAUUAUCACUGAUAUGUGCAAUAUUUGUUUUGUUUGCUCAUAAAAUAGCACAAAAUUCCGUGAUCUGUAGUGAAUUUAAAUUAGAUUUGUCUAAUGUCGUCAAUGCGAAUGAAUUUGGCCCCAAAACAGAAGCGUUACUGGGACAAUCUUCAGCGGACAACAAACAACCAGUGUUUCCAGAGCGUCCGGAUGCUGUUUAUUUUGUUAUAGCAUUACAUGGCGGAGCGAAGAUCUGGGGACGAACUUUAGCGAGAACGUUACUCGAUCUUGGAGCUCCUUUCUCGAAUCCACAGGGCCCUCCGUUGAGACCGAUAAUCAUCGAUUUACCAUCUAAUGGAAGAUAUACUUCCAAGGUUCUUACAACACUUUGUGAUGUUAUUGAUGGCGUUCCUCUUGCUGGGAUGAUAGUGAUAGGUGAUGGUCAAGCAGCAAAGAUGAUUGCCUUGUCAGGCAGCUCGAUGAAGAUACCUGUUCUCUGGGCUAAAGGAGGAAUUGUAUCACUCCAGGGCACAUUAAAUGAGCAUAUGUCAAAAUCACAAGCAAUUCUACAGCCAUCGGCUCGAGAAAUUUUGGAAGCCUUAAGGUCAUUACUGUUACAGACUCACUGGUAUUCCUUCUACAUCCUGUCGGAUAUAAAAACAACUAUUUUGUUGAAAGGUGCUGAAGGCGAGGCACUGAAACGGAAGCCACUACUUCCUACAAUUUUACAGUUGCCAACUAAUAAUGAUCUAAUUUACAGACAACUUGAGAGAGUAUCGCAAUCAACUAGAGGUGUCGUUAUUUUAUUGUGCGAGCUGUCGGAAGCCCGUCGUAUUCUAGCCGAAGCUCAGAGGAUGCGAAUGCUGAAUGGACAUUUCAUUUGGCUGUGGGCAGAUACAACGACGUCAACGGAGUUUUAUGAUCCGGUUCAAAUGCCGAUUGGUGUGUUCGGUAGCGACGCUGAAGAGGAUAUGUCUGUGCAGUUAAACAAUCCGUUCCAUUCUGGUAAAACAGAACUUGAAGACGAUUUCUAUGAUUCUACGGAUAUAAUUCAACAGUCACAUAUUGCUGAUCUUGUAGAACGGAAAUUAGAUUUUGAGUAUUAUGAUCCAAAACAUAAGAAAAAUCGAACCAAAGCUGAUAACGCAAAUCGGUCCCACCACGCUGUUGAUCUUCAGAAAAAUAUUUUAAAUUUUAAAAACCUUGUUGGCAACAAUAAGAGAAGUGAUAAAUUUAAACGCAACGUUGAUAGUCAAGAGGAUCUAUAUAGUGAAAAUAUUAGUUUAUCCGUAGUCAGUCAUUACCCUCAAAAUGGAGACCUAAAAGAACUCAAACGUACAAAUAGUUUAGAGAGAAGAAACUAUCUAAACCAAUCUAAUGGUGCUACCUACAGAUUUACUAUCGACCCACAAGUUAGAAAUCAAAACCAGAAGAACAGUGUUCAAAUGAGCAGUAGUGACAUAGAUAAUUUAUUUGGCGUUGAAGAAAACCUGGCAGACUUUAAAUAUAAACGAGCCGACAGUUUUCUAAGGCAUUAUAAUGUAUCAUCGCAUGUGUUGUUCCACCACUUCCAAGACUUCCCAGUAGGACUGCUAGCGUUGCGACCAGUGACAAUGAAAGUCGAUCGACACUUUAUUCGAUCUGCUGUACGACUUUUUGCAUCAACUUGGGCGAAAGUGGAGCAGGAGGCUGAUAGCGGACGGAAACAUAUACGGAACCAAGAGAAACAGCAAUCGUCAAGUAAAAUAAAUCAGCGAAACAAUAAAUCUCCAAAGUACAAGCGUUCAGCCAUGAGCAUUAUGGAUCAAAUCGAUGUUAUUAAUACGUUUAACAAUACUCAAAAAAUCGUAGAAAACAAAGUUAACAAUAGUAAUAUCACAAGCGAUAAUGAAAUUAAUGUCACUGAGUCCUCUACCUAUAAAACAUCUACGAAAUCACAAAACCGGGAAGGUAGCAGUACUGAUUCACAUUUCAGUGAACAUGGAGUUUACGAUAUAAACUCUCAAAAUUCAAGUAAAAGCAAUACUAGCGAUAGCAGCAACAUGAAGUCAAUCAUGACAUUCAAACAAAAACGGCAGCAAACUUGGUGGACUUCGAAAGGACGAAGUGGUGAUCGCAUAAAAGGUGGAGCACCACAGUACCGCAAUGGCUGUUACGGAACGGUUAGCCGUGGUGAACUGAAAAAAGCUGAACUAUUUACAAGAUAUCUACAAGAGGGAACUACAAGAGGCCUAACUGGUCAGACGAUAAUGGGUGGCUUGGUGGAAAAGUCACUAAUAACACAUUUUGAAGUUCUUAAUCUAGUUCCUGUCACGAAGCGCCCUACAGUGAAGCAUGAAUCUCGCCAGGAGUCGUUCAGCAGUCGUAUUGUGAAUACUAGUUUAACAAAAUGGCGUCGUGUUGGUUUUAUAUCCGGGCGAAAUGUGCAUUUGGAUACUAUCGUAUGGCCCAGUGGGGAUAUAGUAGUAACAGGAUUAUUGUCAAAGGCGCGCUCAGUGUUUCGAGUCGUUGUUGCUGUUGCGCCUCCUUUCGUAAUGGAAACGGAGCUUGGUGAUCGAGAGCAGUGCCUACGUGGACUUUUGUGCUACAAAGUGUACAUUACGGGGAGACAAAAUCUCACAAAGAUGUUCAAUAAAAUAGAAAUUCAGAAACGACGCAAAGAUCUUGGAGAAGAAAUCGAACCAGAGGACGAAAGAUCCAGAAGACACAUAUACAGCGUUCGAUGCUGUUACGGGCUGUCCAUGGAUUUGUUACAAAAAGUUGCAUUAGACCUUGGCUUCGAGUUCGAUUUGUAUAUUGUUCACGAUGGGCUUUUUGGGCGCAAAAUCGCAAUAAAAAGUGGUUACCAGACAACACAGCCGAGGAAGGACGUAAACAGAAGAGUAGAGUUAUCCAAAUUUGAUGCUCAAUCUGGCAGAAGCUUGAAACGAGGCUCAAAGCUUUCACAAAUUCUAGAAAUGAGUUUAAAUCCACCAGAACUUGUAACAGAUCCACCAUUAAAGGUUGUAUUGCCUUUGAAGGUGCCAAAAGUUCAAUGGAAUGGAAUUAUUGGAGAUCUAGUUACUGGAAGUGCUGACAUUACAUUUGCACCAUUAAGUGUUUCGCGAGAGCGUGCUCGAGUAAUUGAUUUUAGCAUUCCCUUUUUCCACGGUGGUGUGUCUUUGUUAGCAGCACCACAGACCAAUCCUGAUGUUCCAUUAUUAGCGUUCCUGUUGCCAUUUUCUCCGGAGCUGUGGAUUGCUAUAUUCACUUCUCUCAAUGUUACCGCAGUAGCAGUCGCCAUCUACGAGUGGUUGAGCCCCUUUGGACUUAAUCCUUGGGGAAGACAGAGGAGUAAGAAUUUCAGUAUGUCGUCUGCGCUUUGGGUCAUGUGGGGCUUACUAUGUGGACAUCUGGUGGCAUUUAAAGCUCCUAAAUCAUGGCCAAACAAGUUCCUCAUCAACGUAUGGGGUGGUUUUAGCGUUAUUUUUGUGGCGUCAUACACUGCCAACAUUGCAGCUCUUAUAGCGGGCCUUUUUUUUCACAACGAAGCUGGAAGCUACAGUGGACCGCUGUUACAACAACGUAUUGGUGCGCCGAUUGCUACCGCUACAGAAUACUAUGUACAACAGAGCGAUAAAAUUUUAUGGGAACAUAUGAAAAAAUACCAACUUACAAGUAUUGAAGAAGGUAUUGAGAGGUUAAAAAACGGAACCAUCGACUUGUUAAUGGCAGAUUCGCCAAUACUAGAUUAUUACCGUGCAACCGAUCAAGGAUGUUCAUUCCAAAAAGUUGGCGAUACAUACAUAGAUGAUUCAUACGCAAUAGGAAUGACGAAAGGGUUUCCGUUGAAGGAGACUAUUUCGGCAUUGAUAUCUAAAUACUCUAGUGAUGGAUAUUUGGACAUUCUCACAGCAAAAUGGUACGGAAGUUUGGCCUGUUUUAAACUCGAUCGCGAAAUUGGUCAACCAAAACCACUGGGAGUGGCAGCUGUGGCAGGGGUAUUCCUGCUACUCGGCUUAGGCAUGAUUCUAGGGCUUUUGAUUUUAAUUUUUGAGCAUCUGUUCUACAAGUAUACACUGCCUAUACUGCGGCAUCAACCAAAAAAUACCAUAUGGAGAAGUAGAAACAUAAUGUUCUUCAGCCAAAAAUUGUAUCGCUUCAUAAACUGUGUGGAGUUAGUAUCGCCUCAUCACGCCGCCAAAGAGCUGGUACACACUAUUCGGCAGGGCCAAAUAACUAGCUUGUUCCAGAAAAGUAUCAAGCGGAAGGAGGACGAACAGAGAAGACGACGGAAGAGCAAAGCUCAAUUUUUUGAUAUGAUUCAGGAAAUCAGAAGAAAUAUGUACUUAAACAGAGUGCAGCAACAAGAGCGAGAUACAAUGCAGCAGACGUUAACCAAGGACGCUAUACCAGAAGCGUCUCCAGACAAGUCCAUCACUCCAUCAAAGAAACCAAAAAGCAGCCCUAGAAUGAGCAUAUUCGGAUUAGGACGGCAUAAUUCGAAUCCUUCGACACUGAACGUAAGACGAUUCAGUACCGAUAGUAUAUUGAGUGAGCGAUUGGAUACAAUUGGGCGUCGUUUGAGUAGAGAUAUUACCAAUUCGCCUCCAGACCUUACGCACAGGUUUGAAACAUUCGGUAAACUUAAAGAUGGAGACGGAAAGUUCGAUACAUACUCGGGGAAGGAAACAAAAGAAGCAGUUGCGCCAAAUAAGUUCGAUACGUUUAGUGGGAAAAUAGAAAACUGUCAAUCUGAGGAGAAGCCACCUGAAUUACCAGUGAAAAAAGGGAAACAAAACAGGAGGUCACCGCUCAAUCCUGAACUGUAUGUAAAAAAUAAGAAAUAUUCCAGAGAUGAAAGUCGUAGAUUAAUUCCAAUAAGUGAGAGAGUUGCUCAUGGCCUUGCUCCUCCAUUCAUAGAAUCAGACACCAGUAGUGCUCUUUUGCGAGAUAAAUUACACGAGGAACUACGUGAGAAAUAUGCCUCUCAUGGGUUUAAUCAAGGUAUCCUAAAAUCAGUCAAUCAAAAUGGCGACUCACGAUCAUCCAUAGAUGUCACAGAAGAAGGCAACAGACAAGGCAAAGUACCUCGACAAAGGAACAAGGGCAACAAACAUGCCAGACGACGUGUAGUAGAUGGUUGUACAUCGCAUGUAACUCAAAGUGCUAAAUUAAUUUAAUCUUGCCAAUGUCUUUGGGUAGAAAUGAAAAGGCAAUUUAAGCAUGUUAUUAUCAGCUUUAAUUUUAUUUUAAUAAAAUGGUGAUCAGAAUGUAACAUAUUGACAUUAUUCUUUAUUCCGUCUUUGUUAAAAUCGCACAGACAACAUAAAUUUAAAAACUAAUUUAACAAAACAUUCAAUAAGGCCCAUUAUUCAUUUUCAACUAUAUUCAUUUUAUUUUCAAGUUUCUUGUAUUUUUCAUGAGUUUGUUGUAUUUCAAAUUGUAAGAUUUCCUGAAAAUUUUAAAAAAUAUGCCGUAGUUUAAAAAUGGGGAGACUCGAUCCGCCUUUUCACGGUGUGUACUAAAGUAAUAACUAUCUGACAAUUGAAUAUACUAGAUUUCCAAGUAAAUAGAGUUAAGUAAAUAAUAGAAAAUGGGCAAUUUUUGCGUGACAUAAUUUAUGGACGUUCCCCUGCUCGGAAUGAAGGUCUCCAUACGGAAUCACGACGAUUUUAAAGCACACAUAACACUAGUUUACAAAAAAAAACGAAAGUCAUGAAUUUCUAUCAACGACCAAUUUGCUGAUAUGUAUCAAGACCGUGCUUCAAAAAAUGUUAAGUAGAGCAGUUUUUAGGGUUUUCCUUAAAAUCCAACUCUACAGUUUUCAAAAAUAUGAAAUUUUCUAAAAUUUAAAUAGCUUGCGUUGCAGCUAACGAAUUUUCAAUCUAUUUUUAAAGACACGGACACCGUCUUCAGCCAGAGGCUGUACACACUGAACGAAACUUAACACUAGACAACGGACACGACACACAUUACGAGCACCAGUGGAUACGAGGAAGAAAUAUUUCUUGCGAAAAGUUUCAUCAAUCAGAGAGGGAAUCGAACCCUCAUGCCAUGGCAUGGUACGUUUAUACGCUUGGUGACGCUAACCGCACGGCCACGAGGCUCCACCAUUGGAUAAAUAGAAAACUGAGUAUAAUAUGUUUGGAUCAUCCGAACAAUUUUUCUGUAUCAAAUUAGUGAUGACUGAUUAUCUCCUCUCCUUAAGGACGAACGUCUUGAAAUCCCGCUUCAACAGUGCAUCAGAACUUCAGACACACAAAUUUCAAGAAGCAAGCUUCAAACAACAGUGCAUUUUAUUAUUCUGUUCUUGCUCACUUGUAAUAAGCUUAAUAUUAGACCAGGUGCGCUAUUUUUGUUAACGAAGAGAAUUGUGCCCUCGAAAUCGCGAGUAGGUGCCAAACUCGGACAUUGUGGGGGCCAUUUUAGGAUUCUAACAAGUCUGUCCUUAAAUUUGGGCAAAAUUUCCAAAAAUAAUGAAGAUUUGUUUUUGUUUCAGUAAGAAAAA